CAGAAUGUCGUAAAACGUGGAAUCGGCAGAGAAGUGAAGCGCUAGUUCUAUUGAUAUGCAAACCGUGGUAGAUUUCGCAGUUGGAAAUAGGUAGUGAUGUUUCAUUGGCUACUUUUUGACCCCAGUCGGCAUGUUUUAAAACUACAAUGGACGCAGCGAGGACACAGAAAAUGAGCUGAUCUCCAGCAAAACCACCUCGAAAAUGGCUGCAUACACCGCUGAAGUGGCUGCAGGUCAUUCUGUGGUGGUGGAGGUGAGCCCAGAUAUCCACAUCUGUGGCUCCUGCAAAAAGCAGUACAAUAAUUAUAAGGUCUUUCUCGCCCAUAAGCAAAAUGAAUGUUUCCUGUCCACACCUGACACCCUAACCACUACUGCCACAUCCACUCUCACAGACUCCAGCACUGAGUUUAUUUUUGAGGAGACCUACCAGACCUGUGUUGUGAGAGGUGUCAAAAAGAUGACCAAAGCCCCAAGGACACCUUCCAAAAAACUAAAACCUGCCCUGACUUCAAAGAGACACAGCUGCUGUUUCUCAGGUUGCACUUUCAAGACACAGUAUGGCCAAAAAGACAUGGAGCGACAUCUUAAAACUCACACCGGUGAGAAGCCAUUUGAAUGUGAACUGUGCCACAAACGCUUCAGUCGGCGGGACAAGCUGAACAUGCACAGCCGCUCGCACACAGGUGAGAAGCCACACAAAUGUAAACACUGUCCCUAUGCAGCAGCAGACAGCAGCAGCCUGAAGAAGCACCUGCGUAUCCACUAUGAUGAACGGCCAUUCAAAUGCCAGAUCUGUCCUUACGCCAGCCGCAACUCCAGCCAACUUACCGUGCAUCUCCGCUCGCACACAGGGGAUGCACCUUUUCAGUGCCAACAAUGCGAUGCAAAGUUCAAAAUAAACUCAGACCUGAAGAGGCACAUCCGGAUUCACUCCGGCGAAAAGCCUUACAAAUGUGACUUUUGUGAGUACCGCUGCGCCAUGAAAGGAAACCUGAAAUCGCACAUUCAGAUCAAACAUGGUACGGAGAACUCCUUUCAGUGCGUGCACUGUGAUUUCAAGUGUGCCAACAAGACUGCUCUGCGACAACACUUGAGAGAACACCAACCCACUCAGCCCAUUCAGUGUUCCAAGUGCACUUACUCCUGCUCCAGCAAGGGGGCGCUCAAGGUCCACGAGCGGAUCCACUCCGAAGACCGCCCUUUCAAAUGUGACUUCUGCAACUUUGCCUCUAAGCAGCGCAGCAAUCUUGUCAUUCACAAGAAGAAGUGUCACUCGGAUAAGCUUGAAAAAGGCAGCGGUGGGAAGGGUGGCAGAGGUGGAGGCAAAAAUUUAGGCACCGACUCUCCGAAGCCUGUCAGCUCUCGGUAUCGAGCCAAACUAGAUGCAGCUCGAGCCUUUUGCUGCGACUCGUGUGACGCUUCGUUUGUGAGGGAGGACUCCCUGCGGAGCCACAAGAAGCAGCAUCGGGACACUCAGAGUGUGUUGCAACUCCAGCUCUCUACCCCAGCAGAAGCAGUUAACUUGGUUCCCGUUACCAUGUCACAAACCAGUGCUGAGCUCGAAGUUCCUAUCCCGUGUAACCCAAUGCCUCCUUAUAGUAAUACACAGCUUAAAAUCAUUGUAUCUCACCCGUUAGGCCAGGAUAACCCCUUGCUCUCAACUGGUGGGGAUGGCCAGAAUAAGAGCAACAUGGUCUUGCUUAGCCCAGAAAACCAGGACAUGGUAGUUAACUCCAUGAUCCAGCAGGUCAACCUGCUGGCGCCUGUACAACCACUCGGUUCAUCCCAAACCACAGAAGCCACUCUUGAACCCCAGACUGUCCUCCUGACUCAACUCAGCACCGACGAUGCCAGCAACCCGCUCCACCAGGCCCUGAUGCAAACGGCCAUAACCGCUCAGGACUCGAGCAGCAGCACACAGACGUUCAUCACCACCUGCUCUGAACUGGAGGGGCUCAAUGCUUUGAUCCAGGAAGGUGGCACAGAGAUUACAGUGGUUACGGAAGGAAACUCUGCUUUGGUGACCACAGCACCUCUGCCUGAUGUGGACAUGUCCAAGCCAGCAGAGACGGUGACGGUUGAGGAGAGUGCCUUACCCUGUGAGGAAAGUGCAUUACUGGUGCCAAACAUCAGCCUGGGCAGUCAGAAUGUGGUCAUCCAUGGCGUUCCACUUAUAGUGUCUCCUCAGCCUCAGCAGAGCACGGUGGAUCAGCUCUCCCCUCAUGCACUCUAUUCCAAUUCACACACACUUGAAAGCAUCCCACAGUGAACAGCGUUGUGUUUCUGAAAGUGAAAAGACAGUAACUGCAUCAUAAGCUAUUUCUCUGCUGAUAGUAACUUGUAGAUCUAACGGUAACCACUAAAAUAGCAAAACUGUUGGCUUUGGAGGUGUAGUUUGUUUAGUCUUCACAUUUUGGAAUAAAACAUCAAUUUUAACAUUGUUUCAUGCACUGUAUUUUCAAGUGUUAUAUUUGCAGGCAUCAAAAAUUGAAAUUAAACCAUAUUUCAAUUACAAUAUUUAAUUGAAAUCAGGUUUAAUUUAAAGCAACAUCAUACAAAAAAUAAAAUAAUAAUACCGCAAAUGAACAAAAUGUGAAAGUGACUGAAUGUAUUUGUAUGAUGUGUUUUUUAUGUUUGUCCAUUAGGUGGCAGCAGAGUGAUGAGAGUAUAUAAUGAAACUUGCUCUGCUUUAUGGAGUAUUCAGACUGUAAGUGUACUGCUGCCCCGUAGUAUUGAUUAUACAUAUUCUGUAUGUAUAGCUUUUGUUAAAAAUAAAUAUUUUUUUCAAGUUCUCAUUCUGAAUCUGAAAAAGUAGAUGUCAAUUGUAGAAAGCAUUAGGCUGCAUAUCAAGGUCUUAGCUUCUAAAAGGCGACUCGCAUUCCCGAUAGAUUUUUCAAUAAAG